AAGGUGCAUCCACGUCAAAUGGACAGAUUUAAUGAAAUUUGUUCAAGUUCUCAUAAACGAAAAGUGUCUAACGAGAUUUUUGAAACACCACAAAAACAGGCAAAGCAGCAAAAAGUAGGUGUUAUGAUAGCAGGUCCUGCAAAUACCAAUCUAGUAUCGCAAGCCAAAGUGAACGAUCUCAUGGUUGAAUUCAUUACUGAGGGACUAAUGCCAUUUUCAGUCGUUGAAACGCCAUCCUUCAAGGUGCUAGUUACAGGUCUCCAACCAAAUCGGUCGGUAAUAAGUAGACCAACAGUCAUAAAAAGGAUCAACGAGAAGGCAACCAUGGUUAAAGAAAAUGUAAAAGAUGCAAUGGCAAAGGCUCAACAUAUUGCAACAACCGAUUGUUGGACAGCUCACCAAAGAUCAUUUACUGGAGUUACCUCGCACUGGAUUGAUGUACAACGAAAAAAGUGCUGCUCUAGCAUGUCCAUGUCUCAAGGGUAGACAUACUUAUGAUGUAUUAGCUGCAAAGCUGGAAGACUUCCAUGUGGAAUAUGAUAUUCAGACAAAGAUUGUCAUGACAACAACUGACAGUGGAUCUAAUUUUGUAAAGGCAUUUUCUGUAUUUGGAGCUAAUGCUGAACAACCAGAUGAGUCAGAUGACUUUGUAUUUGAAGAUGUAUCUGAACACCUUACAAGAGCGGAAGACAGCUUGGAGUAUCACCUUCCACCCCAUCAUCGAUGUGCUGCACACAGUUUAAACCUAGUUUCUACUGUUGAUGCAUUCCUCCCAGGCAGCAGAAGUUAUUGAGGAUGAAUGUGGUCUUGUCCUAUUGAAACCAAAUGCAACCCGCUGGAACUCAGUAUUUUUGGCAGUGGAGCGCCUGGUCCGCAUUAUAAAGGAGAAGGGUGAAAAUGCUAUCCACAAGCUAUGCACAGAGUUAAAUUUGCCCAAGUAAGCAUCAAAUAAAUGUAGUAGCUCAGCAAUCAAGAGUGAACAAGAUUAAUACAUAUAUUCCAUUUAUAUUUGUAUUUAUUCAAAAGACCGAGGGUCUGUUUGUUUUAGAAAUUUUUUGUGUCCUUUGUAGAUUUAAACAAGCAGAAAUCCAGUUUCUGAAGGACUAUGCCCAUGUGAUGAAGCCAGUAGCACAAUCAUUAAAUAUUUUGCAAGGGGAAAACAAUCAUUCAAAUGCUUAUAUGGGCUAUCUUGCUCCAACAAUAUCACUGCUGAAAGAAAAGCUACUCCAAAGGAGAAGCUCGACAACAAGUUUGGAACCCCUGGUAAAUGCUUUGUUGUCUGGUAUUGAUAAAAGAUUUGGUUCAGUUCUUGGUGAUGAGAAAAUCAUUGCAGCAGCCAUUCUUCAUCCAAAGUUCAAGGACCAAUGGACUGAAGACAAAGAUUUGCUUCAGAAAGGUAAUAGCCCAAUAAGAUAGUUUUACAGUUCCAUAAACAAUAAGUCUUGUGAAUAGUUCUGUAAUUUAUUGAGUUAAUCUGCUUCUGAACAAAUUGGAAAUCGGACAGCAACUGAUAAACAAAAACCAAACCCACAAAAUUCGCAAUUUAAUACUAAUAGUAACAAACGUAUCUCAGAAAACUCUGUCUCAAUGAAAAAAAUUCAAAAAAGAAAAGAAUACAUGAAAGAUACAUGGCAAAAAGGUCAAACACCGAAUUUAAAAAAAAAGAAAGCGUGAGAAAAAAGUCAUAAUAAGAAAUACAAAAACUCGAGGAAUCUUGGCAAAAAGCCAGUGCAACAUACAGAGAAUCAAAUCCUGAAAAAGUAAAAGAGAGUUUUAAGACAGCCAGUGCAACAUACAGUGAGUGAUGACAAUGAGUUUUUCAAAAGCAAGAAAAAAUCGUGUACAUCUGAGUUGGAGUUGUUUCUUGACAGUCCUGCAGAUGAAUUGGCUAUUUACUCAAGAUUUCCCAAGUUACGUCAAUUGUUUAUUGAAUUAAACGCACCAUUACCUGCAAGUGCAGCAUGCGAGAAGCUAUUCAGCUGUGCUGGUUUAAUUUUUAGGCCACACUGAUGUUCAAUGAAAGAUGAUAAUUUUGAAAAUUCUCUUCUUGUUAAGUUGAACAAAAAACAUUUUAUAUAUUGAUUUAAUCCGGUAUUUUAAUGUCUUUCAGUUAUAUUGAGCAAGUGAUAACUGAUAAGUGGCAGUGACACUGUACAUAGCAUUAUCCAGUAAUGUUUGAUGUUUAAUGUUUUUAGUUGUUGUUGUUGUUAGGUUAUCGCAUUUUUAAGAAAAAUAUUAGGUUACCCAUGAAAAAGUUCAUUAAUUUAACUAAAAGAGAUUGUAACAUAGUGAAACCUGGAAAAGUAACUUUUACCAAGUUACAAAAAAGUUAAAGUAAUGGUAACUAGUUUAACUUGUAACUUUUACCAGUAACUCGUUCCAUUUUUGAGCAUGUAACUGUAACUGUACCUAGUUCCAAAAAUAAAGUAACUUUAACAGCACUGGACGGUAUAUUCAUUAUACAGAGCUAGGAAGGAGCAACAGAGUUGUUUUCAAAUGUAUAAACAUUUCAGAUGUAAAUAUUGAGAAAAUCUUUGAGAUUCUAGGCAUUCAUGUUAUUCAUUACGGGCAUUCAAUUAAGUUCCGAUAUUACUCUAUUUAGAUGGUAUACUCAUUUAUAUAUAGUGACUUGUAUAAGGUGCUGCUGCUGCUACACUCAGUACACUGAAAAUAUCGUAGUACAUAAGUACACUCGCAAGUAUAAUUAAAUACACUGUGGAGCACAGAGUCUGUGCUAAAACCACACAUGCAGCACGUGUCAAUCAUGCGUGUUUGGCAGUCUAAAUAUGGACAUGGAUUAUAUAGGGUUCAGAGAUUAGCAUUGCAUAACACCAUCACGUGCUAACAUUCAAUAAUCUGAUUGGCUGCUGCAUCAAGUCCACACAGCAAAAAUUGCAUCACACCAUUCAGCAGAGCGUAAACAACUUACAAAAGGCUGUUUGUAUGGCGUUUGCAAAGAAAAUAACUUGCGACACUAAAGCAAAUCUCUUGACUCAUCAAGGCUCUUUAUUUAAACGAGAAAGACGAGGAGAUAGCCCACGUUUUAUCGCCAAUCGCUUGACUUGCCAGCGAGCUUUAUGCAAUAGAAGAGAAAGGCAAGGAGAUAGCCCACAUGUUAUCGCCAAUCACUUGACUUGCUAGCGAGCUUUACGCAAUAGAAGAGAAAGGCAAGGAGAUAGCCCACAUGUUAUCGCCAAUCGCUUGACUUGCCAGCAAGCUUGAUGCAAUAGAAGAAAAAGGCAAGGAGGUAGCCAGCGUGUUACCAUUACCUUGUUCACGGGUAACAAGAAUCUAUCUAUAUCAAAGCUUAUCAAAACUGCUAUAAACACUGCUAUAAAUGUGAAACUAUUGAAAUCUAAAGUGACAUUGAAUACAUGGGAAAACGUGAAAGUCAUGAAACAGAAGGUGACCUUGGGAAUGAGUCAAAGGUCAAUGAGACUAGUUAUUCUGAAACAUGUCACAAUUCUUCAGGCAGUACAAGAUAUUGAAAGUGAAGAAAUUCUAGUCUCCGAAUACGCAGUAUAGAGAUGAACAAGACAAAGAAAUUGGGCCAAAAGCAAGUGAAUUAUUCGGAUGCUUCGAUCCUGGAAAAGAUAAACAACAUGCGCAAUACGACCUGAUAAAUGUAAAACCAAAGGUAAAACUUACACAGCAGGAGAUUUGAAGUCUGAAAGUUCUGUUAAUAAGCUAAUCAAUUGAGAUGAAGAAUUCAGAGUUUUAAGAAAUUUACGUGGUUCCCCUCCAUACUUUGAAAGAUGUAAGAAGGAUCUAUUUGGAAUGAUUCGUCAGCUUGGUAAACCUACAUGGUUCUGUUCAUUUUCAGCUGCUGAAACGCGUUGGAUUCAUUUGUUCAAAAUUCUUGGUCGUCUUAUUGACAACAAACACUAUACUGACGAUGAGGUUAAGCAAAUGACUUGGCAAAAGAAGUCUGAACUGAUACAGAAAGAUCCAGUAACAUGUGCUCAAAAUUUUGAACAUAUGGUGCAACAAUUUAUUCACAAUUUUAUUAAAAGUUCAUGCCAUCCAAUUGGAGAAGUUGUUGACUUUUUCUAUCGUGUUGAAUUCCAGCAAAGAGGUUCUCCACAUAUCCAUGGAUUAUUCUGGAUCAAAAAUGCAUCCGAGUAUGGUAAAGAUUCCAACGAAGAUACAACCAAUUUUGUAGGUAGCUAUGUUUCAUGUAAAGCUGACUCAGAUGAUUUAACUGAACUCGUAAAUUUACAAAGGCACAAACACUCUAAAACAUGCAAGAAAAGAGGAAAUGCUGUUUGCAGAUUUAACUUUCCUUUACCGCCAAUGCUGAGAACUAUGAUUUUAGAGCCUUUGUCUAAGACUGAUCAAGACGAAAAUGUUGCAGAUAUAUUAAAGAAAGCUUUAGGACAGAUACGUUCAUUAUUAGACUCUAUUAAAGCAGAUGAAACCAUGACCUUUGAUGAAUUUCUCAAAACAGCAAUAUCUGAAGGCUAUACGGCUUUCUCUUAA